GCCGCGCUUUCCCCGGUCAGGGACUCGCAGGAGGUCGCGGCCGCACCGCGUCUCCCAAAUUCCACCGUGGGGGGGGCUCUCCGAGCGCCUUUCGCGGGUGGUCCCCGCGUCUGGCCCCCUCCCUUCGGCUCGGGUCUCCGCCCCCUGGCGCCGCCGCGGCCGCGCCGCUUUAAGAGCGCCGGGAGCAUCGCCGAGCGAGCAGCGCCGAGCGCCGGGCUGCGCUGGAGCCGCCCCGCGAGUCAGGGGCUCCCCGGGGCGCAGGUAGGCGCCCCCCGGCCCGGGGCCAGCUCCCGCUCCAGGGUUCCGGUCUUCUUUUCGUCUUGGCACGGAGAGACGGCCCUGAGCCUGUGCUGGCCUCACCAUGCCGGUCGCUGCCACGACCUCUGAGUCUGCCAUGCAGCAGGUCCUGGACAACUUGGGAUCCCUUCCCAAUGCCACGGGCGCCGCCGAACUGGACCUGAUCUUCCUUCGAGGCAUUAUGGAAAGUCCCAUAGUGAGAUCGUUGGCCAAGGCCCAUGAGCGUCUGGAGGAGACGAAGCUGGAGGCGGUGCGGGACAAUAACCUGGAGCUGGUGCAGGAGAUCCUGCGCGACCUGGCGCAGCUGGCCGAGCAGAGCAGCACCGCCGCGGAGCUGGCGCGCAUCCUGCAGGAGCCACAUUUUCAGUCCCUCCUGGAAACACACGACUCGGUGGCCUCCAAGACGUAUGAGACGCCGCCCCCCAGCCCAGGGCUGGAUCCCACGUUCAGCAACCAGCCUGUGCCUCCCGACGCCGUGCGCAUGGUGGGCAUCCGGAAGACGGCCGGAGAGCACCUGGGUGUGACGUUCCGCGUGGAGGGCGGCGAGCUGGUGAUCGCGCGCAUCCUGCACGGGGGCAUGGUGGCCCAGCAGGGCCUGCUGCACGUGGGCGACAUCAUCAAGGAGGUGAACGGGCAGCCGGUGGGCAGCGACCCCCGCGCGCUGCAGGAGCUCCUGCGCAGCGCCAGCGGCAGCGUCAUCCUCAAGAUCCUGCCCAGUUACCAGGAACCCCAUCUGCCGCGCCAGGUGUUUGUGAAAUGCCAUUUUGACUAUGACCCGGCCCGAGACAGCCUCAUCCCCUGCAAGGAGGCCGGCCUGCGCUUCAGUGCGGGAGACCUGCUCCAGAUCGUGAACCAGGACGACGCCAACUGGUGGCAGGCGUGCCACGUGGAAGGGGGCAGCGCCGGGCUCAUCCCCAGCCAGCUGCUGGAGGAGAAGCGGAAAGCUUUCGUCAAGCGGGACCUGGAGUUGACGCCGGCCUCAGGGACGCUGUGCGGGAGCCUUUCUGGAAAGAAGAAGAAGCGAAUGAUGUAUUUGACCACCAAGAAUGCAGAGUUUGACCGGCACGAGCUGCUCAUUUAUGAGGAGGUGGCCCGCAUGCCCCCCUUCCGCCGGAAAACCCUGGUGCUGAUUGGCGCGCAGGGCGUGGGCCGCCGCAGCCUGAAGAACAAGCUCAUCCUAUGGGACCCUGAUCGCUACGGCACGACAGUGCCCUACACGUCUCGGCGGCCCAAGGACUCGGAGCGGGAAGGCCAGGGUUACAGCUUUGUGUCCCGCGCUGAGAUGGAGGCCGACAUCCGUGCGGGGCGCUACCUGGAGCACGGGGAAUAUGAGGGUAACCUGUACGGCACCCGGAUCGACUCCAUCCGCAAUGUGGUCGCGGCAGGCAAGGUGUGCGUGCUGGACGUCAACCCUCAGGCAGUGAAGGUGCUGAGAACAGCCGAGUUUGUCCCCUAUGUGGUGUUCAUCGAGGCACCCGACUACGACACCCUGCGGGCCAUGAACCGGGCUGCGCUGGAGAGCGGGGUGUCCACCAAACAGCUCACGGAGGCUGACCUGCGGCGGACGGUGGAGGAGAGCAGCCGCAUCCAGAGGGGCUACGAGCACUACUUCGACCUCAGCCUGGUCAACAGCAAUCUGGAGCGGACCUUCCGGGAGCUGCAGGCUGCCGUGGAGAAGCUGCGGACAGAGCCGCAGUGGGUGCCCGUCAGCUGGGUGUACUGAGCGUGCCCGCCCUGCCCUUCCCCACUGCGGCCCCCCGAGCACUCCCCAGCCCCCUGCCACCCCCGGCCUCCGGCACUCCCUGAGAAAAGGCCCCUCUCAGGCCUGGGUGGGCGCCUGGUGCCAGGGCAGUGGGCAUUCGUGGGGUACCUCUGUGCCCAGGUGCUGCCUGUCCAAUGCCCACUGGCCACCAGAAGCCCCUCUCCCAGGGCUGGGCUGUGCCCAGAGUGUGCCAGGGCCCCUGGAAAGCCCCAUCUGGCAGGGGUGGAGGGAAGAGGCUUGUGGUCACUGCCCACCACUCUCCAGCCACCCUCUCCCCUCUGGGCUGGACACUGCAACCCCCACAGGCGGCCCCCCAGGAGCAGACUCAGGCCAGGGGCAGGCGCUGGUGCCAUCUGGGGGCCAGAGAGCCCAGGCUUGAGAUUUCCCGCCGGGAGGCUGCCUGCUCUCACUCAACGAGUGGACGCUGCUCCGUCCCUCCCCGUUCCCCAGCUCUUCACUGCCGGUCUCUCCACAGACCACCGACUCCCCUAGUGCGCCCCGGCCGGCGAGGGGGGGGGCUGGAGACUGGGCCCUGCAGUGAGGGACCUGCUGCCACUGGCUGAAUUGCUCCCCAGGAGAAACACAGCAACCCCCGCCUUACUCAGAUAGAGGGACUUUGGGCGUCUGCAGAGCAAUAUCCAGCCUGCACCGCUAGGGGGCGCUACCCACACCCAGGGCUCCAGGUUCUUACCUUGUUUUGGGAGGAGGGGAAGCAAAGCGUUAUUUUAAUUUCUGAGCCCCCCAGCCCCAGCCUGCAGUCCUGCAGAGGGAGCAUAGGUAAAAUAGCAACACCCCCUUUCAGAGAAGAGUCUCCCCCAGCCUCUCUCCCCUUCCCCUUCCCCUUCCCCAAGGUCUCCUCUGGGAUGCGCCUGGCCUGAGAGGGACCCCCCAGCGCCCCCUUGUGCUCCCCCCGAAUCUAGCCACGCUGACCCUUGCCACUGUGUGCCCGCUCCGGGGAAGGGGGGAGAAAAGACAGAAUAUUUAUUACAAAGGUAGAAAUAUAUUUAUUCUCUUAGGAAUCGCGUCUGCCCGCGGUGUCAGAUGAGGUGCAGGGCGGCCCUGCCCAGCUCAUCUGCGUGGUUUGCGCCCACUCUGUGGUCACCCUUCCCCCAACCCCCUCCCCCGCCCCCUGCUUUCCCUGGCCUCACCCUUCCCUUUUACCCAGCAGGAGGGAAGGGGGCGCUCCUGAAGAUCAGAGGCCAUGGAGCCCCCUGCCAGUCCCCACCUCCCCUUAGAAGCAAGGGGUCUGCUGUUGCCCCCUCCUCUGCCCCCCCCCCCCCCCCCCCGUUAGCUCCCAAACACCCUGGGCACGCCAGCCCAGUGGGGGAGGGGCUGCAGAGCAGCUGCCAGGGAUCGGGUGCCAUCCUGUCUUGUGAUGGGGUGGGGUCCCCCAAUCUCUGUCCCUCCUGCAUCAGUGUGCCCGGGGGACUCCCCAGUUCUCUCUUCCCAUUCUGGAUGGUGGGACCCUGCCCCUGCCCCCACCUUCAGUCCCACACCCCCACCUUUCCCCCCGCCCCCCCUUCCUCCUCUCAGCCAUCUGUUCUAGAUCUCUCUCCAGCUGGUUUCUUUCUUUUCCUUUGAUUAAAUGUGAACGCAAAGGC